AGCGGAGAAAGCAAAAAGACGGGCAACGGCGGUGUCGAAAACGAAACAUCCAAGACGUGAAUUAUCGCUUUUCUUUUGUUGUUUGAGAUGUCUGCGUUUGGCGUGUCAUCUUACUUUUUGUGGACACAGAAAGGACAGACGGUGCUGCCGCUCGUGCGAGGCAGCGGCUUCCUCAUGAAAUUUAAGCAGCUCAACACGUUCUACUCCUACCAUGUCAUCUCCGCCGCUCACGUAAGCUGCCCGGUGAGGUACAAGCCGAUUUACGGUGACUCCAUCGGUCUUAAAGCGAUCGGGGAGCGCCAUAUUAGCACGCGCCUGCUCCUCCCGGAUGUGACCACCCACAAAGUGAAGGAAUCGUUCGAUCUUGAGUUUAGCCAGAGGUACAUGCCCAGCGUCGAUGUCGCUUCGCUGAGGGUAAAAGAUGAGAAGCAGCUGAAGGAGUGGAUGACCGCGGACGAUCAAGGCGUGAGGUCUGCGCUGCAAGCAGUAGAGCCAGAUCUAGAACCCAUUGAGGAGGGCACCGAGUUGGUCUUGUGCGGCGUGCACACCGAGGAGGAGCGCGCGAACCCGAACGACGACGGCUUGACGCUGCUCCCCGUGCGGCUCGCUGCAACCUGCAAGGCAGCGCUGCUGUCCCUGGAUUAUGGCACGGUGCUUUUAGCGUCCAUUGACGGACCGGCAGAAACGUCUCCGGAGAGCAGCGGCUCUCCCUCCUCCUCCUCGCCCACCCGUAGCCAGAGUCCUGCGGUGCCACCGCUGCCGCUAAGCAUGUGCGGCGGGCCUGUCCUUCGCAAGUCAUCUGGGAGGUGUGUGGGGGUGUUGGUAGCCCGCGUCAUGAAAAGCGCCCCCCCGCGCGAUGUAAACGCCGGGGCUCUCUAUCAAGAUCCCUAUUUGGACAUCUCCGAGCACAUUGCCUUGCACGAACAUUGGCCGCUGGACGUCGCAUUUGUGCCCAUUGGCGAGUUCUACGACCCGCUGCGUCGCUGCGAGAUGUAG